GGUAUCAUUGUUUGCUGCAACCUCAGUCAUCUCUACAAUAUGUUAAGUCACUGAUUUAUUGAGUGGUCGUAUUGUAUUUUACCUCUUAACACUAAUAUUUAAACUAACAAUAGUUAUAGUUAAGAUCGCUUCCAAGCUAACUACAAGAGAACCAGCUUCCUAGGCACGUUCGCCAUUACAUCUAGUAAUUCUUCUGGUGAAACAUUGACAUUCCUGUAGUGAACAGACAAGAGUGCAAGAUCAGUUUUCAAGAAAUACUCUGACACCUUAUCUAUGCAAUAUCUAGCAUCUAUUCAACUAGUUCUUCUACAGAAUCUCUUCUGGUGGAUAGUCAUGACCACCUCCUUGGCCAUACUGUUGUACUUCUUCGUUGUUACCACUCUUGCAGAUAUAACAAUAACAUCACGGAGUCAAUGGGGAGCAACUCCUCCGAAAGUAUCGCCAACUCAUAUCUCCGGACCAGUCCCUUGGGUGAUCAUCCACCACAGUGAGGGAAACACCAAUUGCUCUGGGAAACCCUGCAAGGAGAUUGUCCGCAACAUUCAACACUACCACAUGUAUGAGAACUACUGGGCAGACAUUGGAUACAACUUCAUGGUGGCACCUACAGGGGAGGUGUUCGAGGGCAGAGGGUGGGGAGUGGUAGGUGCUCACGCGCCCAGGUACAACAGCAAGAGUGUUGGCAUCUGUCUCAUCGGGAGCUUUCAGAACCAGUCUCCCACGGAAGCACAGCUGGCAGCAACGCAAGAACUCAUUGCCUCAGGAGUGAAUCAGGACAAGAUCAGAACAUUGUACAAACUGAUUGGUCACCGGCAAGUGCGCGCUACUGACUGCCCCGGAGACAAGCUCUACAGCAUCAUAGAGCAGUGGCCGCACUAUACUAGCAAAGUGGAGUGACCACAACAAAACAGAUAUUUACAAUGUAUAAUAUCAAUGUUUGCACAAAAUUAAAUUUAAGUGUCAACUAUAUUUGUUUACUUUGGAAAAGAUAAAAACUUUCCCUGUUUUACUUACAGAAUCCUCAUACAUUUAAUAAAAAUAUAGAGGUUUAUAUUUUAAA